UUCUCAAUUCAAUCUCUCUCUACCUAAAAUUUUCACCCCGAAAGAAAAGAAAAAACCCUAGUUCUGAUUUUUCACUGUAGGAUUAGAUGGCGGAACAUCUAGCUGCAAUCUUUGGUACAGAAAAAGACAGAGUGAAUUGUCCAUUUUAUUUCAAAAUCGGUGCUUGUAGACAUGGAGAUCGUUGUUCAAGGCUUCAUACCAGGCCUUCUAUUAGUCCUACGAUUCUCCUCUCUAAUAUGUAUCAAAGACCUGAUAUGAUCGCUCCUGGUGCUACUAUGGAUCCUUCUGCUCAGGAUCCUCGUCGUAUUCAACAACACUUUGAUGAUUUUUAUGAAGAUUUGUUCGAUGAGCUGAGCAAGUAUGGAGAGAUUGAAAGUCUUAAUAUCUGUGACAAUUUGGCUGAUCAUAUGGUGGGGAAUGUUUAUGUUCAAUUUAGAGAGGAAGAACAUGCUUCUAAUGCACUUAAGAAUUUGACUGGAAGGUUCUAUGCAGGGCGUCCUAUUAUUGUUGAUUUCUCCCCUGUGACGGAUUUUCGUGAAGCUACCUGUAGGCAGUAUGAAGAGAAUACCUGUAAUCGUGGAGGAUAUUGCAACUUUAUGCAUUUGAAGAAGAUUAGCAGGGAGUUGAGGAGGCAAUUAUUUAGUAGGUAUCGUUCAAGGCGUAGCCGCAGUAGAAGCAGAAGCCGUAGUCCUUACAGGCGUCGGAGUUAUGAAGAGCGAUCACAUGGUGGUCGUGAUCAUGAUAGAAGGUCUAGUGACCGGGGUAGUAGGAGGACUAGGAGCAGAAGUCCUGGAAGGAGAAGGGGACAAAGUAGGAGUCCUGACAGGAGGAGGAACAGGAGCCCUGUUAGGGAAAGGGAAGGUAGUGCAGAGAGGAGGGCCAAAAUUGAGCAGUGGAAUAGGGAAAAGGAACAAGUAGUAUCUGCUAAUGAGAACAGUAAUACUACUACUGGCAUCACUCACAAUGACAGCAAUGGGAAUGGAGAGCAUUACUAUGAGCAGCAACAACCACAGCGAGGAGGACAUGGAUCAUAUGAAUAUGAUCACUAAUCUGGUAGGUGACAGUUACUUUGUUUGUUGGUCUUGUUAGAAUGAUGCCUCUCUGUCUGUUCUGUAGGAAAAUGAGGGUUUGGAUUAAACAAUACGUACACAAUGAGUAAAUCAGUUUAAUACCAUUUUCCACUGUGCAGGUGGUGUGCAGGUUUUCAGUUCUAGGAUGGGGAGUGUGAAUAUUGUUUCUUGUUUAUACUUCGUUAAUCAUUUACAUUCUUGCUGGUUUGGUUUGGUUUUCAAAGACGGGUUUAUCAUUCAGCCUCAAAUGUUUUGCUAAAAGGUUUUUUUUUGGUUGUACACCAAUUCCUUCCCUUUGUCGCCGGUUUAAACUUCUCCUCCUUAUUUUUUCCGCCGAUGCUUCUUGCAUUUAUGCCAAAUUUUGAACAUACAAUAACUUUUCUGGUCAUAUGGAUUCUUAGGUUUUUCAAUGAUCUGGUCAAAAUUCAGAAAAUGAGUCUGGAAGGUUCUAGGUUACUGAAACCAUAAUAGCAGUAUGAUACUGAGUAGGGCCCUUCACAUGAUUGAUGGUUUUUCUAUUUAGAAUUUGACCUUCUUAUAUGUGGUGCACAUCCAUGAAAUUUCUGAGGUUCCAAAUCAUUUUUUGGGUCUUAAGAGAUGUUGAUCUUACAUAUUUUCAUGAGUUGUUGCAGGUUCAGGUACCCUGCUUCUGAGGAACAACCUUAGUUUUUAUGUCAACUCACCGUGAGCUUUGAUUUACAGGUUUUGGCUCGAUGUCAGUGAUGCAAGUUUACAAGAUUUUAAUGUUUCAUGGUGCGAAAGUUGAAGUUAUCUUGGCAGGUUAGGUUUUUUCUGUGGAGGAGGGACAUCAUUUUUUUUUUGGUCAUUGGUGGAAAGUGCGGGAGGUGUUUCUCCAUGCUUGCUCAUUAUGUUUAAUUUGAGGAAGAUCUCUGGUUUUAUUUCAGAAAAGAACUUCUGUUUUUGUACUUGACCAUGUAGAAGUAGUUGAUGAUGCUCUUCAUUUUCUGUUUGGUCGGCUCAGUGUGACUUCUUACUUUUAGUAGACUCUUAACAAAUGAAAGCCUGAGUACAUUCGUUGCUUGA